AUGUCUCCCCGUCGCUCGACUGCCUCUGCUGCAAUGAGUUCAGAUAUCGUCAUGGGCCCUCCUCCCCCUCCCGCUGCUCUUAUCCAGACCCCCGCACAGCAGCAGCCACCUGCGAAAGAUAAUCAAGACGUCAAUGAAAAGUAUAGAAAACUAAAACGUCGCUAUUUCGAUCUCGAGGAGAAACUCAAGGAGACACAGCACGAACUUAGACUAUCCGGCGAACGCAAUGUCAAAAUGAAAGAAGAGAGAGAAUUGAUCUUGCAGAGGGUGCACGAACUAGAGACACGUUCUGAACCGAACAUACCGUCAGCACAAUGGCCCCACGCCAGUGCAUUUCCUCGUUCUCUUCUCUCUGCUCGCUCUCGCGCCUUGUUCGUCAGCAACCUCCGUCAAGCCAUGGCAGAAGAAGAGGCGGAUGAUCACAGCGUUGACCCGCUGCUGUCGUCCCGGCAUCUCGGCCCACUCUCUCAUAAACAUACUGAGGACGAGUUCCGCGAACGCGCUAUGGCCACCACCGAAGACGAUGUUGGUGAAGGUCGCCGUCAGGCUAAACGGUCGCGUGGAUCAGCCAAGGGUAAAGAUCAGCCGUCACCUCAACCACAGCCGUCUGUUGCUUCGAGUAAUCAGUCACUCAACCUUCAUCUCGAACCCACUCCUCCUAACGAAAUAGGCGCUCCAUCUCUCUUAGUGUCAAAUAAGGGCACAAAGUUGCGAUUAAAACCGCCUGUAAAACCAGCAGAAUCUGACAUGGCUCACACUCCGUCUCCGCUGUCGCCUAUCAUGUCUCCUCACGAGGAGCAUCCCAACCCUUACAACGCUGGUCCAUACAACAACGGAAAUGCAGGGCAGCAUCCUCCGUCACUUGGUCCAAGUGUUUCCACACCUCGACAGUCUAUAGCACUUGCUCCAUCGACUUCUCCCGCUGCCUCGGUUCAACCUUCCGAGAUUCAGCGUCAUGCCAAGCCAAAGCGGCUAAAAGCCCAUACCGUCACAACCAAAAGCUACAGCAUUCCCAAUGUUCCACGUGACAAAAAGGGAAAUCCCGUGCUGCCGUUGACCGUCGGUAUCAUGACUGUGAUCAAUCUCGGAGAAGUAUGCAUGCGCGAGCAUUUCCAUACAGAGCGAUAUAUCUUCCCUGUUGGGUAUGAAGUUACUCGGCGAUAUCACUCUACCGUAGAUCCCCAACAAGAAGCUGUGUACCGGUGUUCCAUCCUGGACGGCGGAGAUGGCCCAAAGUUCAAAAUCGUCGGGUCAGACGCACCAACCCGUUCUAUCAUCGCCGGGACCGCGACAGGUGCAUGGUCUAACAUCGUCAAGCAGGCCAAUGCGAUAAGGAACAGGCAACACUCCAACUCAGUCUCGGGUCCAGACUUUUUUGGGCUUGGCCAAAACACGAUCAAACACCUCAUUCAGCAACUUCCCAAUGCGGACCGGUUGAGGGAUUAUGUAUGGCAGAACUUCGUGGAGGGAGGGUAA